AUCCCGGAGCAUCUGUGAGGAACGCGUGCGCAAGGCAUUGUGGGAGAGGCGGGUAUGUUUCCGUCAUGGCGGCGUCGAUUUCGGGUUACACUUUUAGUUCUGUGUGUUAUCACAGCGCCAACAGCAACUCUGACCAUGAGGGAUUCCUGUUGGGAGAAGUGAGGCAAGAGGAGACUUUAAGCAUAAGUGACUCUCAGAUUAGUGCGUCUGAGUUCCUGCACAUAGUAGAGGUCCAUAAUCAUGAACCAUGUGCACAGCUGUUUAGCUUUUAUGACUACGCAGGUAAAGUCAAUGAAGAAAAUCUCAACAGAAUCCUCAAAGACAGAAGAAAAAAUGUUAUUGGCUGGUACCGGUUCCGCAGGAACACACAGCAGCAAAUGUCGUUCAGGGAACAGGUGAUCCAUAAACAGCUCACGCACAUACUGGGCAUCCCAGAUCUCGUCUUCCUUCUCUUCAGCUUCAUCUCGACAGCCAACAGUUCAACCCACGCACUAGAAUACGUUCUCUUCAGGCCCAACAAAAGCAGGUAUAAUCAGAGGAUAUCUUUGAGCAUCCCAAACCUGGGCAACACCAGUCAGCAGGAGUAUAAAGUGUCUUCUGUCCCCAACACCUCAAAGAACUAUGCCAGUGUUAUUAAAGAACAUGGAGCGGAGUUCUUUGACAAGGAUGGAGUGAUGAAAGAUAUUCGAGCAAUUUUCCAGGUGUACAGUGCCCUUCAGGAGAAAGUCCAAGCUGUUUGUGUGGAGGUGGAUCAAAGCGAACGAGUGAAGGAGAAAAUCCAGGAGGAAGUUAAAAAGCUGAAAGAGGAGAUUGCCCUCAGAAAACGUAGAACCACUGCAGAGGAGAGGAGAAACCAAGAGUCUCAGAAUUCUGACACCCACUUGUUGCAGGACGACUCGGUUCUGUCUGAUUCCUCCCCUCCUUUGCUGUCACGAGUGGCUCUCCAAAGCCCUCCUCUGGAGCCGAGCUUGGAUUGGCACACAAACUCAGAGCCUGCAGCACUUUACACCAACGAGCUGGCACCCGACCCACCUAGUGCCAUCCUCCUGCCCCGGCCCCAGGCCGUGGGCUCGCCUGGACAUCCCUCACCUAGUCCAGGCAUGGGCAACGGAGACGGCUCCAGCUCCGACUCUUUAAACCGACACACCAUUGGUCAGGAAGACCACGAUGACGAAGUUGAUGAUGAAGAUGAGGACAGUAGCGAAUAUGAGAACUUAGUUAGUGAGCAGUUUCAAUCUUCUCAUUUGACUGAAUCUUUAGGACGACCGGCCACACUCUGGCCUGAUGGAGAUGCUCAUAGCUCUAGUGGCUCAUCCUGAUCCAUCACCCAAAUCAGGGGAGAGAUGGACAAAUGGACAGAGCUAGGCAUUAUGGGAAAAGAGAGAAGAGAGGGGGAUGAGAAAGAAUGGCAGGUGACCACUGUAUUUUGCUGCAGGACGGCAGCAGGGGAAAAUCCCUUAUUUACAUCUGCCAUUUUGACCAAGUGAACUGGUCAUUCUUUUUUCUUCUCUCUCUCUCCUUCCCUCCCUUUCUCUCUCUCUCUCUCUUCGUUUCUCUCUCUUUCUCAUCUCCUCAGCUCUCUCUGACAGGAGUGGCAUCAUCCCACUUAUCAAUUACUUAUAAGCACUGCUACCAACCUAGUAUAUGCGAUUAUUAGCAUUUACUUCUUGGACUAUUUUUGACCUUCUUUUAAAUCCACAUUUAACUAGAAAAAGCAAAGGGAACGAUGUCUUCGACAACGAUGCCUUUAAACUCAUCUUUGUGAGUUCGCUUGGCACCGUCAACUUUAUUUCAGUUUGACUCUCACUUAUUUUAUUCCCAAAUCAUAAAAACUGAAUUAAAUAAUUAAAUAAUUUCUUUAUGGAAUCUACCAAAAAAAAAAAAAAGGAUACUUUGGCCAUUUAUAUAUUUUUUUUAAGGGGUGCUUAUAUUACUUACAAAUCCAAAUUAAUAAUACCAUUUGAUUUAAAUGGCAAAAGUCUCCCUAAAUGAACAGAUAUUGUGUUCAUCUGCACUUUUCAUUGUACUUUAUAAGAAUCCAAUUAGUCAUAUGGUUGGAGUAAACGUCUCUCUUCCAUGCCACUAAACUCCAGCUUGUUGUGUGUUAAACUGCAGAGGGCAGAAAAAGUAAGCCUUCCCAAACCUUUUAAUCUCAGGAUUCUUUUACAGCAGCUUGUAUAAAAUCCAUCCCACGUCCUGCCCUCAAAGCUUUGGUACAAUCUUAAAAACUGGAUUUGUCAAAGCAUUGGAGUGGUACAUCGAUCAAGCUCACCUUUCUCUUAUAAAUUGAACCUCUAAAGGUGAAUGUGAAAGGGUUAAUAGUCAGUUAUAAGAACGCUGACCUCCACUCAGAUUUACUUCUUUACCAUGCAACAGAUGCCACAUCGACAUGUGCAUUUUGGAGGUGGAAACAUGCUUUUUUUUUUAUAUUAUUUUGCAAAGUUUAUCUUUAAGCUUUUGAUUUGCUUUGCCUCACUUGAUCUGACAGGAAAGUGUGCUGUCUUAAAAGUGCAUUCAUUCCACACUUAAGGAAUAUCACUUAGAUUUCUCUAAAGUCUCUGUAUAAUAAGGACUUGCCUAUAAAGUGAAUUCUGUAUGGAGUCUACAAUUAACAAAUGACAUCUUAAAAUGUUUAGUUGCUCUAUAGUUAUUAACGGCCAUGUCAUCGGUUCCUUGUCCUUCAGACAUUUUAACAUCAGGUGAAAUGGGAGUCGCUCCCCUUUCAUCUCUUCCAGUGUUAAGCAGAUCAAAGGCACAUGACUGGUUUUAAUUCUACAAAUUUGCAUUUAAUCGAUAUAUUUGAAUAGAAGUUUCUUUGUUUGGUCUUUUGUGUAUUCAUGCAACGACCAUAAGCAUUCAACAUGCAGUCUGGUUGUGGUACAUGUUUUAGACAAGAAGGUCAAACCCAGUAACGAUUAAUAAAGAUGCGGUUAUAAUGUUAAUAGAAAUCUGUUUAAAUCAUGACUGACAUCGGGAGAUGCAGCACUGUAUUAUUAUAACUAGCAAUAUUGUAUUUGCGUAAAAAAAAAAAUGAAAGCCAGAAACCUACAUUAUUAUACAGAAUAUAAUAUAUAAGGCUUGUAUAUGUUUUUUUUUUUUUUUUUUUUUUUUGUAUACAAGUCUUAUACAUAGUCAGAGCUGUGAAGAAUGUUCCAGAAUAAUAAAACCAUUAUAAACACACAAACGAG